AUGAAACAACAUUCCACAUUCAGUGCCAUAAGAAAUGCCUUUUAUCCCCAACCUGGCAUUGGAAUCUCAGCAAACACCUUUCUGCUAUGUCUGAACAUUGCUGCUGUCCUCGUGGGCAACAAGCCCAGGCUCACGGACCUCCCCAUCACCCACUUGGCUCUGACACACAUCUUCAUGCUCCUCACCAUGGACCUUCUGAUAUCUAGAGACAUUUGGGAAACACAAGACAUUCCAGUUGACCUCAAAUGCAAAGUGCUUGUCUUCCUGCACAAAGUCAUGAGGGGACUCUCCAUCUGCACCACCUGUGUCCUGAGUGUGCUUCAGGCCAUCACCAUCAGUCUCCAUGACUCCUGCAACCAGCUUCUGUGUACUGUGGCCACAACCAAUAAAACUGGUCUUCUGUUUGUCACUGACUGCUGUUCCUUUAUAACAAUUUACAGGGAUAUCUUUCUCACCUUGAUGGCACUCAGUGAUGUCUUCUUUGUGAGCCUCAUGGUUCUCUCCAGUGGAUACAUGAUCAUUCUUUUGUACACACAUAAACAGCGGCCCAUGACUCUUCAUAGUUCUGGGUUCUCCCCAAAGACCUCCCCACAACAAAGGGCUACUCACACCAUUCUGCAGCUCAUCAGUUGCUUUUCCAUUCUGUACUGUGCAGAUUUCUUUAUUUCAUUAUUCAUAGGCAUGACAUGGACCAAUAACCCCAUCCUGGUGUGUCUCCACAUGCUUGUGGACAAUGGCUAUGGCUCAGUCAGUCCUUUGGUGCUGAUCGGUGCUGACACUCAAAUAAUAAAAGUAAUGCAAACCAAAUGCCGGAACAAAGAUCAGUUUCUGACAAAACUGAUCUAA